AUGACUACUAAGGAAAUUGAGUCUUUAGAUCCCCCUACCUCGUAUAAAGAUAAUCUAACUCUGAUAGAAAGAAGGGCUCUAACAGAACUAAGUCGAGAAUCUAACUUGGUUAUUAAGUCAUCAGAUAAAGGUGGCAACAUCGUACUGAUGGACAAAAAUAAUUAUAUUGAGAUGUGCAUGGAACAUCUUGAAAACACUGAUAUAUAUCGUUGCUUGUCAACUGAUCCAACCAUCGAAUAUCUAACUGAACUGAGAUCCAUUUUAGAAACUGCAGAAACUGAAGGUGUUAUCAGUAGUGACGAAC